UCAGCAUUACAACAAAACUUGGGUGAUAUUUCACGGGGAAAGCACAGACAGAAGAUUCAUUAGGUCAUAUUUAGUUAUUUACAAUUGGUUGGCAAAACCAACGCGGAGCGGGGCUAUAAAUUACUGAGCUGACACUAAGCCAAUGUAACCAAACUAACUGAAUCGUAAACAUUAUGGAACUAUGAAUUGAUUUUAUAGCGUUAUUCUGAACUUCACUGCAAGGGACAACGACGACAGACGAUAAUCAUGUUCAGUUUCCUUGGACUGCGUAAAGACUCAAAGAAGUCAACAUCCGACAAGGAAGUAGAUGGAGGCUUUGUUAUCGUUGGAGUGACAGCUGAAGACCAGAGGAGGAAGAUGCAGACUAUGAACAUUGCAUACCCAUCAACAAAUGUCAUAGUGCAGCCAUCAAAGUCAUCCUACACAAAUCCUGCUCCACCAAUCGACAGAAAGCUCCUUACAGCUUUACCUACCACAGGGCCAGUAGCAGGGCCCUCGGCAGUGGACGCUGCUUCGACUCUCCUGGAUGUCCUCGGGGACAUCCCCUUCACUUUGGCUCCUCAUGUCCUGAACAUGCAGACAGGAUUCCCCCUCAUUCCUGAUGUGCUGCUGUCCCGGGAUAUUAACUACAAUCUGGCUAAUUUUCAGUAUGACUUCACUUUGGAGAACUCUGUGCUUCAUAAUGCCUAGUUCGACUGAAUUUUAAUAUCAGUGCCGUCAUCACAAAUUCACACUGUGGUGAACUUUGCAGAUUGCUGGUUAUGUGAGAAGUUCUACAAGAAAUUGAAGCAAAUGUGAUUGUGUAGGAUUAUGAACAAAUAAAAGCUCACUAAAAUUAUAUAAAACAUAAAAAAGUUGUAGAACUGCAAAGCAUUGAAUUUAUAUCCUCUCCCUGCUCAUUUAAUUUCAAAGUAGAGCUAUGGAAAUUAAAUGAAAAUAAAUUGGAAAGGAAGUAUGGAAAUCCCUGCUUUGUAGGAACUGAAUGGACUUGUGGUUGAGUCGUUCCUUGUUGUGCUGCUUUCACUAUGAAUGCUGUCAGGAAGUACAGUGUUAUAAUGAUUUUGUCUAACUGCAAAAAGGAUAAUUAUGGGUUAUUAAAACUUGGGUUUCUAUCAGUGAUAAAAAACACUCAUCAAGAAAUUUUCUGAGAUCUGGGAACACUGCUGCAUAAAAGUCAGCGGGGUAAAGCCAAAAAAAAAAGAUACCUGAAAAGAAGGUAUUAAUCUACCAUUGCCCAAAACUAUAAUUGGUAUGAUAGGUCAAAGUUGAACCAAGAAUUUGGUCAAUACACUGUGAUGGUUUACAAUGGUGAUGUUUUACAGUGGUCAGUCUGGGCAAUAAUGUUAGCAUUCCCCUUUGUUUUCUCUUCCAAAUAAGUCUGACUAACCUGGUAACCUUGUAACAGCCUAUCUAAUUAUCUGAUUUUCUUUUACAAGAAUUCUGAUACCUGCCCUUAAACUGACAGGUCCAGACAAAGUAUGGGGUUUCGGUUUUUGGUGUGUAAAGCUAUGGUCUUAGGUUAGGUUUGUGUUUGGUUCUUUUCAAGCAACAAAUUCAAAUUUCUCUCUCUAAUGGUGCCAAUUGUCUGGGUCUUUGUGUGUCUUUUGUUGCAAGUAGAUACUCUAUGCCCAGAAGUAGUAGAGAAAGGACAGUUGUAGCCAAUGCAUUGCAUUAGCUUGGCAAGCUCCCAGUAGUAAAGUCUAAAUACUGUAUAACUUCAGGUCUUGGGUUGAGUUAAGGUGUCAAAUUUGGCAGUACCAGUCAGGUUCAGUUGAGAUGGGUUGUAAAGACAAAUUUAUGGGCUAGGUUUGGAUCUCAAUGUUAGGUCUGUACAGAACUCUUUUGACUACUGUGUUUAUUGCCGCCAGACUUUUUAGCAAUGCGUCAAAUUUGCCACAUAUCCACAAUUAGCUUGGAGAGUACAGUCCUUUUAUUACAGAUAUGCACAGUGAGCCAAACUGCAGAAAUGAGACCCAAGUUGUACUAAAUUGGAAUUAUCAUUCAAGUGAAGGUUGAUAUUUUAUUUAAUAUGGUUUCAUAGUCCUUGUGCUGUGAGCUAUCUAUUGUUUGCAAAAGGGAGUCAUUUAAAAUGCUACUUGAAAAACCCCACUUCAUUUGAGCUCAUUUGAGGAUGUGGCACCUAGAUGAUGAAGCAAUAUCUUUAUUCAAAGCUUAGCGUUUCGACAAGGAAUCACACAGAAAAAAUGUGAGGUCUUUUGAAUCAUCUAUUUAUGUUGGAGCUGCAACAUGUGUAGAUUUGUUUGAAUGAUAAAGUGAAAAUGUGCGGUAAGAAUAUUUUUAAUAACUACAGCUCUUGUGUCAUAAGCAGUAUGAUGCCAUUUAUUAUAUUUGACAUUAUAUGCAGCAACAAAACCUCUUCCAACAAAUAAUGUUUCGAGUAUUUUACAACUAUUAUUCCCUACAAGUGACCACCAUGUUUGCAUUUGCUCCCUGAACAUGGCUUUCCUUUUGAUCCAGCACAUUUUUCUACCACCAUUAAUUAAUUGUUUUAUUUAUUCUCUCUGUAUUUUCCAUUAGUCUUCACUUUCUUCUGUCUAUGGAACAAACUUUUCAUUAGAAUGCAGUUAAAUAUACAGCACAUGCCUUUAGUUCUGAUUUUGCUCGGUAUACAGUUUCAGCACUUUUUGGUUCUACAGAAAUGUUUCAAGAUAGGAUAUACUGUACUCAGUGUAUAUCUAAGAGGUUAAGCUGUAUCACCACUUUUUACAUUUUUAAACAUUGAAUGUUGUUAAUAGCACGAGACCUACUGUAUCUCUUUUAAUACUGAAUAGUGAUGUGGUACUCCACAUAAUGUUGUUAUUGUUUGUGUUUUAAGUAUCAAACUGUUUGGGCCUGAGAGCUGAGCGCAUGAGAGCUGUUAUAGCACAGGUAAUUCCAGCUACUUAGUUUUUUCCCAAGGCAUUGAUAGCACCCGGCCUGGAUAUUUUUUUUUGCGUUUGGUAUUAUUUCUUGGGUAGUAUUUCAAUACCAGCUUUUGUUUGAAGAUUUAUGUUAUUGGCAUAAAUCUUUGUUAUCUGUUGUGCUUUGUUGUUGAUAAACACUGUAAAAAAUAUAGGGGAUUUCACUUCACCAUUCAUUCAUCUGUAUUUUUUUUUCCCGAGCACUGUUUUCUUAGAUUGAUGGGUACAUUCUGGUUUGCAUCAUGUUCUUACAUGUUUACAUGAAGUUGGCUGGAUUGAUGUCCUACUUUUUUUUGUUUAUUUUGAUAAAUAUGAGCUUUUAAAUGAAGCACAGAAUUUCUGCUGAGAGGAUGUAAUACAUUUGUAUAGAGUCAUGAAUUUACCCAGGAAUACUUUAUUUGUACCUCUGAUUGUUUGUACAUGAUCAAAUUUGGUCUCUUCAAACCUGUUGUGCCUUUAAUCCAUGUACAGGUACCUUUCAUAUUGCACCUUAGAAGGAGACACUUAUCCAUCUUUUCCCUCUCACUAAAAUCUUUUCUUAUGACCCAUCCUAUUCCCUGAGUUUAAGUAUCUGUUGAUGCUUGUGUUCUCUUGUAUGUGACUGUGGACGACAAAUUACUUUAAGAAUAAAUUUGAAGAAAGUUGUUUAACUUUA